AUGAAGACCACGCGUGGGGCUGAGUCGGAGGCGAAGGCAGAGGGGAGUAACGGGAAGAGGCUGAAGGUGGAGGAGGCGCCCGUCGGCUACGGCUACCUGGGAGCGUUCGAGUUUCUGCCCCAGGAGCUGAUCGUGUCGGUCCUCGCCGCCGUGUCUUCCUCCGCGGACAAGCCCGCCGACCUUUUCUCCGCGAUGCUCACGUACGUGUACCGGUUUGGUUUGGUUUGUGUUGUGAUUUUUGGAGGGGAUGCCCGGGUUCUUGACGGGAUUGAUCGCAGGUGCAAGAAGUUCAGUAAGCUGGGAAAGAACCCGCUGGUGCGCAAGGUGGCGUCGGCGCAAUGCGUGGCCGUUCGCGCGGCCAGCUGGUGCCGCGACGCGUACCACUUCCUCUGCCGCUGUGGCAACGACGGCAACGCCGACGCCAACUACCUGCUCGGCAUGAUCCAGUUCUACUGCCUCGGCAAGCGCCCGCAGGGGUGGUCAAGGAUGGUGAAAGCGGCGUCUGCCCGCCACACGGAGGCGUUAUAUGCUCUCGCAAUCAUCCGGCUGAACGACAGCGGCGUACCUAAGGAGAAAAGCGACUACGCCUCCGGCGCACGCCUGUGCGCAGCCGCCGCGACCCUCGGCCACACCGGCGCGCUUCGCGAGCUCGGGAAUUGCAUCGUUCACGGCCUCGGCGUUCCCCAAGACAUCGUCUAUGGCUGCCACCUUACCGUCUGGGCCAACGUGCAGGAGCUGCACGCCAAGUACCCGGCUGGGCCUGAGCUGGACGCCGCCCUCGCCCACGUCCGCAGCGGCAAUGGCCCCACGUGCCUAACCAGCAACUUCGGAUGCUUUGCUGCCGUGCCGUCCGGCAGGUAUCUCUGGUCGCACCCGGCCAACAAGUUCCUGGCCGAGUGGUUCGCGGCGCACCCUCUGCCGCCACCGCGGGUGCAGCGGCUGCUGAUGUGCUCGGUGCCCACCUGCGGGCGCCCCGAGACGCGGCCACUCGAGUUCCGACGGUGUACCGUGUGCACCAUCGCACGCUACUGCUCCCACACGUGCCAAGCGCUGCACUGGAGGACGGGGCACAGCUCCGAGUGCAUCCCCAUGCACUAA